AUGGCCUGGAAUGACCUCACCGCCAGGCAUCAUCAGCAGUACCCAGAUUACUCUCAAGCUGAUUUCAUGAUUAUCUCAGAUCACGAUAGUGAAUUGUUUUUUUCCAACAAUGGUCACCAUGAAUACAUGAGUUUGCUUAUCUAUGGACAUAUUCUGUUUCAGCUCAUUAACCAUGUACACAACCACCCUGAGAGAUUAAAUAUUGAGCAACAGAAGUCAAAUGGGGUGGGGUAUAUGCAGACAGAUGUCUUUACAGGCGAUCUGUCGGUACUGUAUGAGCAAAUGGGCGAUGUCAUUGAUUAG